AUGGAUAAUGCUCAUACUAAGACGGUGGAGGAGGUUUUGGGCUUCUUCAGUGUAAAUGAGUCUACAGGUCUGAGCUGUGAGCAGCUGAAGAAGAACAGGGAGAGAUGGGGACCCAACGAAUUGCCAGCAGAAGAAGGGAAGUCACUGUGGGAGCUAGUCCUGGAACAGUUUGAGGAUCUGCUGGUGCGAAUCUUGCUGCUGGCUGCGUGCAUCUCCUUUACCCUGGCUUGGUUUGAAGAAGGGGAGGGGACAAUCACAGCCUUUGUUGAACCCUUUGUCAUCCUCCUCAUUCUCAUCGCCAAUGCUAUUGUAGGAGUAUGGCAGGAGCGUAAUGCAGAGAAUGCCAUUGAGGCUCUGAAGGAGUACGAGCCAGAGAUGGGCAAGGUGUACCGACAGGACAAGAAGAGUGUCCAGAGAGUCAGAGCCCGAGACAUCGUUCCUGGAGACAUUGUGGAAGUCGCAGUUGGUGAUAAGGUCCCAGCUGACAUCAGGCUGACGUCCAUCCGUUCCACCACUCUGAGGGUGGACCAGUCCAUUCUGACGGGGGAGUCUGUGUCGGUGCUCAAACACACAGACCCUGUACCAGACCCCCGUGCUGUCAACCAGGACAAGAAGAACAUGCUCUUCUCUGGCACCAACAUUGCAGCGGGCCGUGCCAUCGGCGUUGUCGUGGCGACGGGGGUGCAAACAGAGAUUGGGAAAAUCCGAGAUGAGAUGGCCUCAACUGACCCUGAACGGACCCCACUACAACAGAAACUAGACCAGUUUGGAGAACAGCUGUCUAAGGUCAUCAGUGUGAUCUGUGUGGCAGUGUGGGCCAUCAAUGUGGGACACUUUAACGAUCCAGUCCAUGGAGGCAGCUGGCUGAGAGGAGCUGUGUACUAUUUCAAGAUCGCUGUCGCACUGGCUGUAGCUGCCAUACCAGAAGGCCUCCCAGCAGUCAUCACUACCUGCCUGGCACUGGGCACCAGGAGGAUGGCCAGGAAGAACGCCAUCGUCCGCAGCCUGCCAUCAGUGGAGACGCUGGGUUGCACUUCGGUUAUCUGCUCUGACAAGACAGGAACACUGACCACCAACCAGAUGUCAGUCUGCAGGAUGUUUGUAGUAGACAGUGUGUCGGGGGAGCGCUGCAGCCUGAGCGAGUUUUCAGUGACUGGAUCUACUUAUGCCCCUGAAGGGGAAGUUUAUAAGGAUGGCUCAGUGGUGAAGUCCAGUCAGUAUGAAGGCCUGGUGGAGAUGGCCACCAUCUGUGCACUGUGCAAUGACUCAUCACUGGACUACAAUGAGGCAAAGGGUGUGUAUGAGAAGGUUGGGGAGGCAACAGAGACCGCCCUCUGCUGUCUGGUGGAGAAAAUGAACGUGUUCGACACCGACCUGAGAGGACUGAGCCCUGCUGAGAGAGCUACAGCGUGCUGCUCUGUGAUUAAGCAGCUGAUGAGGAAGGAGCUGACGCUGGAGUUUUCCAGAGACAGGAAGUCCAUGUCUGUCUUCUGCUCAUCCAAUAAACUUACCAGGUCGGCUUCUGGAGCCAAGAUGUUUGUCAAGGGAGCUCCAGAGAGCGUGUUGGAGCGCUGUAAUUAUAUCAGGGUUAGCGGUUCGGCUCGUGUGCCUUUGAGCCCGGCGGUACGAGAGCAGCUCCUGUCCACUGUGCGGGAAUGGGGAUCAGGUCGGGACACGCUACGUUGCCUUGCCAUGGCAACCAGGGACAAUCCCCCCGAUAUCCACUGCCUCAACCUGGAGAACACAGCUGCCUUUGCUGACUAUGAGUCGGACCUGACCUUUGUGGGCUGUGUGGGCAUGUUGGACCCCCCCAGGAAAGAGGUGCUUUGCGCCGUCAGAAUGUGUCGGCAGGCUGGCAUAAGGGUCAUCAUGAUCACAGGUGACAACAAAGGGACAGCCCUGUCUAUCUGUCGGAGGGUGGGCAUCAUCACGGAGCAGGAAGAGGAGCAAGAGGGCGCGGGGGUCAUCGGUGGCCUGACGGGGCGGGAGUUUGAUGAGUUGCCCCCUCACCUGCAACGUCAGGCCUGCAGGACGGCACGGUGCUUCGCCCGGGUGGAACCAGCACACAAGAGUCGUAUAGUGGAGUACCUUCAGAGCCUGAGUGACAUCACUGCCAUGACAGGUGAUGGGGUGAACGACGCACCUGCAUUGAAGAAGGCGGAGAUUGGCAUUGCUAUGGGCAGCGGCACAGCGGUUGCUAAGUCAGCCUCUGAGAUGAUCCUGGCCGAUGACAACUUCUCUACCAUCGUGGCUGCGGUGGAGGAGGGCCGAGCCAUUUACAACAACAUGAAACAGUUUAUCAGAUACCUGAUAUCCUCCAACAUAGGAGAGGUGGUCUGUAUUUUCCUGACGGCAGCACUUGGCAUGCCUGAAGCGCUGAUCCCUGUCCAGCUGCUAUGGGUCAACCUUGUCACAGAUGGUUUCCCGGCAACAGCUCUGGGCUUCAACCCUCCAGACCUGGACAUCAUGUCCCGCCCUCCCCGUUCCCCCAAGGAGCCUCUGAUCUCCAGCUGGUUGUUCUGUCGCUACCUCAUCAUCGGAUGUUAUGUGGGAGCUGCAACUGUCGGCGCUGCUGCCUGGUGGUUCAUGGCAGCCCACGACGGACCAAAACUUUCCUUCUAUCAAUUGUCCCACUACCUGCAGUGCAGUGAGGGACACAUUGAGUUUGCCGGCGUGCAGUGUUCAGUCUUUGAGUCUCCGUAUCCCAUGACUAUGGCCCUGUCUGUCCUGGUUACCAUAGAGAUGUGCAACGCCUUGAACAGUCUUUCGGAGAACCAGUCCCUGCUGAAAAUGCCUCCCUGGUCAAACCCCUGGCUGGUGGGUGCCAUCUGUCUGUCCAUGGCUCUACACUUCCUCAUUCUAUAUGUAGACCCACUUCCGGUGAUUUUCCAGAUACGCCCUCUGUCUUGGCCUCAGUGGGUGGUGGUGUUGAAGAUGUCACUUCCUGUCAUCUUGAUGGACGAGGCUCUCAAGUUUCUAGCCCGCAACUACAUCGAGCCAGGAAGCCAGAUCCAGUCACUGGAAGAGGAGGAGGAGCUGAGGAGGACAGGGGCUAACACAGGAUUUGUUGGUACCAUGAUGACGAAGCUGCGCCAGUCGCUGAAGGGCGUGUCCUGGUCGUUCGUCCUGAUCUCUGCACCGCUAGUGAUCUGGAUCUUCAGCCUGGACUCUGACAUCACCAACAUCUUCUGGGAGUGAUGGCGGACAGAGAGGACGGGUGGACUGUGGGGGAAAGAAGAAAGGGAAAAUGUAAUGAAGGACUGUUGGAAUGAAACGCAGAGGAUUGGGUGUGUAAGGGUGAGGCGAUGUAAGAGCGUAACAAGCAAAGAUGAUAAAUACUUUGCUGAGAUACAAGAACAUAAGGGAUAAAGAGCGACAUAUUUAACCAACAGACAAUCAGGAAACAGUAAGAAAGAAAUAUCAUCUCUUCCUCGAUGCUAAAAGGUGCUAUGUGUAGCAUUUCAUUUGCAUCCCAUAGCUCACUGAGGCUGUUCUUCUAUGAGCUGGCUGUUGUUCAGCUUGUCUGUCCAACACUUUGACCCUGAGUGAAACAUGAUCUCAAAAGUUACAGUUUAAUGCUAACAUAGCAUGCUCACCUGCUAACCUUUGCAUUAUAAUGUACUGUAGGUUACAUGAUAAAUAUUAGCAUGUUAGCAUUCUAUGAUAUGUUUCUUUGAGACAAGGAAUAUGCGAUGUAAAGUACAGUGUAGAUCAUCACUGGUUCCCAACAGUUUUGGCUCGUCACCUCUCAGAUUGUUUCACCUCGGCUGCACCAGCUGUUCAUAAAACUUUCCCUAAGUUUGUGUGUAACCUUCUCAGUAACUGCUAGCUAUCUUCAAACCAGUAAUUUACUAAAUCAAAAUGCACAAAUAAAAUGUCUUAGGUAAUAAAGACUUUAGGCCCUGUCUACGCAUCUACAGAUAGUUUUAAAAAUGGGAAAUUUCCCCCUUUAUUUUACAAAAUAUCUCUGCACACACUAAAACUCCAAACGUUCGCAUGUGUUUGUGACCUUUUGCUACCUAGACGAGAUGAGAACAAGUGAGUGCGCUAACGUCAGAUUGUUCCAGUAUUUCCCAAUGAAGAUAUCCUCACCUGCUCCAUGCAUCAGCGAAUAGGCCAAGCGACAUGUCAGUGUUUGAAAAAGCGCUUGCCUUGGCUCUAUUUUAAUGAAGCUACCUCCAACAGAUUUUUAGAUCAACAACAACAACCUGUUGCUUAGGCUCACUAAGGGCUGAAUUUUGUGGUCGCUUGUAUAUCUGGACACUUUUUCACACUCCAUCUGCCAAAAUUUGCUCGCUGCAUGCUAGGAAAAGAUAUUCCACAGUUUCCCCUUGUCGCAAAGGUAGUACAGUGUACAGGCUAAUGUUACCUUUUUCAAAGCACUGUCAAUUCCACUUCAAUAUAAGGACGAAGGAGCUGACUCAAAGAUUCAAGUGAUGCUCUGGACAUGCAAAAGUUUUCCUUACACUUGACAGCAAUCCCACUCUUAAAGUUGUACCAACUGCUGCUGGUUCGACCGGUCCAGAUUAGCCAAAAGUGUAGCACUAACAAGUUUAAGCGUAAAGUGUCAUUAUUAGAUCAAGUUGUGCUAACCAAACAUAAGCAAACCUGUAGUCCACCGUUGUUAUUGUUUUAGGUACCGUACUUAUUACACAAAGCAACAAUGGAGGAACUGAGCACAGGAAGUCAUCGUUUCUUAAAUACUCCGUUUUACAUGUGGCCAGACCAAAGUGACCAGAGUUUUGAAAAAUAUAAGGCUGAGAAAACGUCUUUAGAAAUCUUUAUUUUCGUGACCUAAAGAUCCAUUGGCAUAUAGAGGAGAGGCCAAAACACAGAGGAAUUAUCAGUUUCCCAAAAUAUCUGUAUAAGUGUAGACAAGGCUUUUGUAAUGUGUGAAUCUUUUGCUAGGAAACAUCUUUACCACUGUCAGACAUGUUGACUAUAUCCAUCCACAUGAUGGUGUGGCCUCAAAAGACUUUUUGCAGUAGACUUACAUGGCAAAAGAAACAUCUGUUAAUCAGUAGAUACAUUUUUUGAGCAUUAAAACCAUUGCAGAAUGACUCGUUUUAGCAACAGAACUUGAUCCAUUCAGUCCAGUAACAUUUUGAUUGACUACAAGAGCCGCAUGACUGAAUUA